CGUCCCCAGGACGGAGGCAUCUGUUGCGUCUCCUUGGGGGCCUGUGGUGUGGAGGCCCUGGACUUUGGCCAGAGGUCCUGGGGAAAGGAAGACUCUGCACUUUUCCUAUUUCACUUGCACUAGUAAUGGAAACUCCGAGUACCAGCCAUUCCAGUCUUACACGGAAACAGAUGAGUGGUGCUCAAAAACGUGGGUUGAAGAAAGCAAGGUUAGAGAAGGAGGCCAAGCUACCAAAAAUCACAUCAUUUUUCAUGAAGACCAGCCAAGGCAUGUCAUUGGAGGAAGAUAAGGUGACUCAGACUGCAGAAACAGCAACAGUGAGUGCAAUCUGCCAUGGCUCAAGUCCUGUAGAGCAGGAACAAGGUGAACAUGCGACAGAUAUGACAACACAGCAGUCAAUACCUACUGAGCAAGGUGAAGACAUUCAAACGAGAGGACGUGAAGGAGAGACAAGAGAACAUGCUGGCAAGGAAUUGAAUGUAGAUUUGAUCUCAAAAACAUUUCCUACUGACAAAGAACUCUACAGUGAACCUCUUAGUACAGAUGAAAAGAUCUUCAUUAUUUCAAAUGGGCCAUGCCAACCACCAGGUCCAUUUCCACAGCAUGGCCAGUCAAACAGACGUUUCUCAAAAACCUACGAUUCAGAAUUGAGUAAAAGUGGUCUAAAACUGCAGCGGAAAUGGCUGUGCUACUCGCCAACCUCAGACCAAGCCUACUGUCAACCAUGCUGGCUUUUUUCUCAGGACAGAGAGGGAGGAUGGGUGAGAGGAGUUCGUGACGGGCAUAAUCUGAAAGGGAAGAUAGAAGUCCAUGAAGGUGCUGUUGGCCAUCAGGAGUGUAGCACUGUUCUGGAUCAUUGGCGGCUGAACAAAACAGUGUCAGCAGAAGCAGAAGCUGCGAUUAGGAAAGAGGCAAACUUUUGGAGGCAAGUGCUUGAUAGAAUCAUCAAUGUCACACUGACCCUGGCUACGUCCAACCUGGCAUUUAGAGGUCACAGGGAAGAUGUGAGCUCAGGUGGAAAUCAUGGCAACUUUCUCUCCAUCAUCACCUUAAUUGCAAAAUAUGAUCCUGUAUUGCAAGAGUUGCUAAAUAUUCCAGAGCGACAAACAAAGUACCUGAGCCUUGCUCUUCAAAAUGAACUGAUUGAUAUACUCUCAGAAAGCGUCAAGGAAGAAAUAAUAAAGGAUGCCAACACAGCUGCAUUUUUCUCUGUCAUCAUAGACACAACACAGGAUGCUGGCAAGACAGAUCAGCUCAGCCAGGUAGUCCGCUUCGUUUCUGUUGAGACCAACGAAAAGGAUCAGCCAGUUGAAAUAAAAAUACAUGAAACAUCCUUGGGCUUUCUGGUGGUGGAGGAUCAGUCUGCAUCUGGCUUCACAGAGACUAUUUUGAAUGCUAUGGAAAGCAAUAAACUGGACCUCCUAAAAUUGCGAGGCCAAGGUUAUGAUGGAGCUGCAACCAUUAGUGGUGUCUACAGUGGUGUGCAAGCUAGAAUUCAGGCUUUACAGCCAAAGGCAACUUACGUUCAUUGUGCUGCCCACAACCUGAACCUAGUCUUGAAUGAUGCAAUGUCCAGUAUUCCAGAGAAGAGAUUAAAAACAAACAAACAAACAAACAAACAAAAAACUAUAAAGGAAGUUGCUGAACUGCUCAUGAUUGACAAUUGUGGCCUUUGCAUCAGUUACCCUGAUAUCUACACAGCAUAUAUGCUUUUCCUGACCCUACCCGUAACAGUGGCAUCUUCUGAGAGAUCAUUCUCAAAACUGAAGCUCAUCAAGAACUACACGAGGAGUUCCAUGUCGCAGGAAAGACUCAGUGGCCUUGCUCUUCUAUCCAUUGAAAAUGAAAGAGCAAAGAAAUUGGAUAUACAAAAGAUAAUAGACAACUUUGCUGAACUGAAGGCACGCAAGAAGCCAUUGAAUUAAGUUCUGGAUGGUGGGUGUGAGAUAUCAUAGUUGGGAUAUGUGCAAUGUGAAGUUCUUCAUCAAUACUGUUGUAAUAGUUCUGUUAUUUAU